AUGUUGCAAAGCACGAAAAAUCUAGUCUGGAAUUUGCGUUCGGUGGCCAGAAUCGGUCAUGUCCGUUUGGCCAAUGUACUCACAAGCACGGCACCGUACAGCACACUGAUGGUUGCUCACAGGAAAAACACUCUUCUGCACCCGCUAGAUGGGAAAUUGAUGCCAAACAGCCUAUGGAGAAGGGGCAUGUUUAUCCAAACACAGGACACACCAAACCCGGACAGUUUGAAGUUCCUGCCUGGAGUGUCCGUGCUGGAAAAAGGACAAACUAUGGAUUUCCCAUCCGUGUCGUCGGCUCAGUGUAGCCCACUCGCAAAGCUUCUCUUCCGCGUCGAAGGUGUCCGGUCGGUGUUCUUUGGCAGUGAAUUUGUAACCAUCUCCAAGCAGGAAGAUGCCGAAUGGCGCAUCAUCAAACCGGAAGUGUUUGCGGUAAUAAUGGACUUUUUCGCGUCCGGAUUGCCGGUAGUAACGGAUGCAAAACCCAACCCGGAUACGCAAUUCAACGAGGACGACGAUGAAACGGUGCAGAUGAUUAAGGAGCUGCUCGAUUCGCGUAUUCGCCCAACCGUGCAGGAAGACGGUGGCGACAUCAUCUUCGUGGGAUUCGAUGACGGGGUGGUAAAGCUGAAGAUGCAAGGUUCCUGCUCGUCCUGUCCGAGCUCGAUCGUGACCCUGAAGAACGGUGUGCAGAACAUGCUGCAGUUUUACAUCCCGGAGGUGGUAUCGGUCGAACAGGUGACGGACGAGGUGGACAAAAUAGCGGAAAAAGAAUUUUCCCGACUGGAGAAACAGAUUCGCCAGAAGGAUGAACCGACGGCGGAGAACAAAACUUAG